CACUGGUUUCGAUGGCACAGAACCCCUCCACUCUGAGCUACAAGUACCUGACCCAGCUGACUGCUAGCAUUGCAAUCCCAUCCACCACCACCUUGCAAUCAGCUUACAAGCAUCAACAGCAGAGGAAGAUGGGUCGUCUGAUGGAGAGGAUGAGCUCGUCGGUGCAGUCCUGGGUGGACGAGCACAAGCUCACGGCCAUCGGAGCCGUGUGGGCGACGGCGGUUGGCGCAUCGGUAGCCUACAGCCGGAAGAGGGCGCCGGAGAGGACGACGAGCCUGCGCCUCAUCCACGCCAGGAUGCACGCCCAGGCGCUCACCCUCGCCGUCCUCGGAGGAGCCGCCCUGGCGCACCACUACAACAAGAGCAGCAGCAGCAGCAGCAGCAAGAAAGAGUUGAGCAGGUUGGACUACGAGUUCUACUCGCAGCUGCCGGCAGCCACCGACGCCGACGGCCAGGAGAACGAGCGAUGAAGCUGGUAGUAGCUUCUUCGAUUCAUUGCGUUGCCAUAGGACGGGCAGCUGCCAGCCGGUAGCUAGCAUUGGAUGGAUGGUUUUCUGGUUCCCGGAGCCGGAGAAGACAAGAAGUAGAUAUCUACUAGAAAAGGGCGCGGCUUUGUUAAAUUACAGAUUUAUGCUGUGAUAUUAUAAAAGGACUUAUAGUGCAUGUCGACGCAAUGAUAAUUACAGAAGG